AUUGAAGGACUUUUUUGUAUGAGAAAUCAGAUAAACUGCGUUCUCCACCUCAGACGACGCUGCCCGUUCAAUACACCAACAGUCCCGCCGUGUAGGCGUGGUGGCGCCGCCGCCUUCUUGCUGCAACUGCCGGAAAUCACGACGGGAGGCCCCCGUAAAUGUUGAAUUCCCAUCUUAAUAGAUUGUGCGACUGAGUUACCUUUGGAAACAGUUUCUGCGAUAUUUCAUUAUAGAUAUUUUCAUCGAUAGUGAUCCCAUGUCUACCUCUCCUUCUCUAUCGCAUUUUUCAAUCGCCAUCUCUCCUUUCCCUUGCAAUUCCGCAAAAAUUCCAACUAGCUCUAUCACUUUUGGUCCUCCUAAGUUUAAUUUCAUCGUCUUUUCUAGCUCUCCGACUAAUGGCGGUAACAGAACAAAAAUUGAAGGCAGAAGCAUUGAACAUGAACGGAUGGAUUAUCAUGUAAAAUCUUCUGAACCUAUUUCACAUUCAGGUUCAGGAAUCAAAGGUCCAACUGCUCCAUGGAUGAAUGGAACUCUUCUGGUUAAGCCCAAUGAAAUCAUGGAAUUUAGGAAGUCAAGAACUAACAGAGAUUCCACUUUUGGUGAAAAUAGAAAACAUCCUGAUGUGGAUUUGACUGGAAAAGUGGGGGGUGGAAGAGGUAAGGUGGCGAUGAAGAAAAUCUUUAAAGGCAUCGAAAAGCUCCAAGAAAACCAGAAUUUAGAAGAAACCAGAAACGACCCUAAAAAUCUCAAGUUCAGAUUUGCACCAGGAGCUCUCUGGGGAGAUGGGGACUGUGAAAAUGGUUCUGAAGUUGAGGAAAAAUCUGAGGCAGCACAGGAGAGUUGGGAAAGUAAUGGAUUUGAUAUUCCUUUGCCUGAGGUUGAGAAAGAAGUGAAAUUGAAGGAAAUGCCAUGGCAGAGGCAUGAGAAAAUGGUUAUUAGGAUGGUAAAGAAGGAGAAGGUAGUGAGAGCUGAUGAGUUGGGACUUGAUGAAAUGUUGCUGGAAAGGCUGAGGGGUGAGGCUGCAACAAUAAGAAAAUGGGUGAAGGUUAAGAAAGCUGGGGUGACUCAAGCUGUUGUUGAUCAAGUUCAUUUUGUUUGGAGAAACAACGAGCUAGCCUUGCUUAAAUUUGACCUCCCCUUGUGCCGAAAUAUGCAUAGAGCACGAGAAAUCGUUGAGAUGAAGACAGGAGGGGUUGUCGUUUGGAGUAAUAAAGACUUUCUUGCUGUUUAUAGAGGGUGCAAUUACAAGUCAGGUUCGAAAAACUUUUGGAACAAACAUGGCAAGUCUGCCGGUGAUGAAGAAAAUUUUUCCUCCACUAUGAAUCACCAAAAUACUACAACUGUAGCCCGAGUAAGUCCUGAUGGUAGUGCUCUAGAUGAAAUGAUCCAUGAAAAAGAUGGUGAAUGGGAAAGUUUACACAUGCCAUCACUAUAUGAAAGAGAAGCUGAUAGAUUAUUGGAUGGAUUAGGUCCACGCUUUGUUGAUUGGUGGAUGCAAAAGCCUUUGCCUGUUGACGCAGACUUGCUUCCAGAACUUGUUCCUGGAUUUAAGACACCUUUCAGGCUUUGUCCACCUUUUACUAGAUCGAAGCUGACAGAUGCUGAGCUUACAUAUCUGAGGAAGCUUGCUCGUCCUUUACCGACUCAUUUUGUUCUUGGAAGAAACAGGAAACUGCAAGGAUUGGCAGCAGCCAUCCUAAAAUUGUGGGAAAAAUGCCAUAUAGCAAAGAUUGCUUUGAAGUGGGGGAUUCCAAACACAGAUAAUGAGCAAAUGGCUAAUGAGCUUAAGAAUCUCACUGGAGGAGUUCUUUUACUGCGUAAUAAGUACUUGAUAAUUCUUUAUAGAGGCAAGGACUUUGUUCCCUCUGAAGUUGCAGAAGCAGUGGCUGAACGAGAAAUGGAGCUAACAAGAUGCCAACUUCGGGAAGAAACUGCAAGACUAAAAGCAAGUGAAGCCUUUUCCAUCAGUGAUGAAGAUUCAGUUAACUCUGGGAUUGUGGGUACUUUAUCAGAAUUUCAGCAUAUUCACUCAGAAAUUGGGAACCACAAGAAAAGGGAGACUGAGAUUGAAGUUCAACUGGAAGCAGAACGGGAAAGACUGGAAAAGGAACUCAAAGAACAAGAGCGAAAGCUAUAUAUUCUUAAGAAAAAGAUAGAGAAGUCGGCUAAAAGACUAGAGAAACUAAAAAAUGCAUCGAGAUUUUCUGAGCAAGAUCCAGAUGUGGAAGUUAUCUCCAAAGAGGAGAGACAAUGUCUAAGGGAGAUGGGAUUGAAAAUUGAUAGCAGCUUAGUGCUUGGAAGGCGUGGGGUUUAUGAUGGUGUCAUAGAAGGAAUACAUCAACACUGGAAGCACAGAGAAAUUGUUAAAGUGAUUACAAUGCAGAAAAAGCUUUUGCAGGUCUUGCACACAGCGAAAUGUCUUGAGGCAGAAAGUGGUGGGAUCCUUGUCAACGUAAUUAAGCUUAAAGAAGGGCAUGCAAUAAUACUUUAUCGUGGGAAAAACUACAAACGCCCAAAGUCAGCAGCACAAAAUUUGCUGAGUAAAAAAGAGGCAUUAUCGAGGUCUCUUGAAAUCCAGAGACUUGGUUCUCUGAAGUUCUUCGCCAAUCAAAGAGAGCAGGCAAUCUGUGAUCUAAAAUCUGAGCUGGCUGAGCUCUUAGAAAAGAAGAAUUGAUUCCAGAAGCUGGUAAGCCUAUUCAACGUGUAUAUUCUUGCAACUCUUUCAAUUCUUUUUUUUGGAGUGAAACAUGGUGGAUAAAGAACUAUGCAACACAUGUAAAGGGUAUGAAAUCGCUGGUUUUGGAUUCUCUUUCCAAUGGUUUGAUAACAACCAUCGCAUUCUAGAUCUGACAUUCAGUUAGAAUUUUCGCUUCAAUGCAGCGGCCAGCCAACCUCGUCCAGGCAGAAAUUGAAUAUGUGGUAAAAAUAGUCAUCCGGGACAACCCCUGUUUUUCACAAUCAAAUAAUGCAGCAGGGUACCCAGCAGGCUG